AUGGACACUUUCAAGCGAGUUGCUGUUGCUGUCGCCACGGUGGUGUGUGCUGUGUGUAUGUCAGUCGCCCCCAUCACAGGUGGUGGGAAGUACAACGUGUUGACAAUAACUGAAGUCAACUUUGACAUAAUGUUGGGGGACCCUCACUACGAGCAAUGGUUUCGCGACAACCUUCGAUGCGACCAGACCACCUUUGGACGACUAGUUGUAUGGCUGCGUUGUCAGAUGCCCCAGCAGUUCCUGCGUCGUUCCGUGCAUUCGUUUGAGAAGAAGGUCGCAGUGUUUUUGUUCUUUCUCGGCUCAGAAAGAGGAUACCGUGAGACCGCAGCCGCAUUUGGGAUGGCCAAGUCCUGUAUCCCCACCAGCUCUAGUGAGUGGCAUCGAAUCGAGCGUGGGUUUUUCAAGUGCCAAAAACUACCAGGGGUUGUAGGAGCCAUCGACGGCACCUUAAUCGAUAUUCAGCGUCCUCGCGAGUAUGAUGGAUUCUACAACCGGAACGGCAACCCGUCGCUUAAUGUGCAAGCCAUGGUGGACCAUAAAAUGGUCUUUUUAUCGGUGGACAUUCGCCCGGGAUCAUUUUCGGACAAGCAAAUAUGGAAAAAGCGGUUCAAUUAUCGGCUGUCGAGCACCCGCAUGGUUGUGGAGUGCGCUUUCGGCCGCUUGAAAGAGCGGUUCCGAAUUUUGAAGACUGUGAUGAAUGAAAAGUCCCUCGACCACACCCGAUGGUUUGUUUUCUGCACCGUGUCGCCGACGUGA